AUGGAUAAGAAGAGACUCUUGGAAAGUGGUAGGAGACAGGAAGCGGCUAAAACUCCAACUUACCAACACAGAUCAGAAAGUUAUACAAAGAAUUUUCAAGAUGGAGUGGAAAAACAGCUGUGCAAGGAACAAGCUGGCUACAGAAGAAGGAGUAUUACAAAACUACGGGUAUUUACACUCCGUAACAUCAAAGAGCAAUGCACCGAAUGGAAUUCAACAUUGUUUGUAAUUUAUGUUGACUUUGAAAAGGCAUUUGAUUCCAUUCACAGUGAGAGCCUUGAGUCUAUCAUGAAGUUUUAUGGCAUCCCAGACAACGUGGUCAGAAUGGUGAAACUCCUAUAUGAAUCAUUUCAAUGUGCAGUCCUAGACGAUGGGGAAGAAACGGACUGGUUCCGGGAAACAACAGGAGGGAAGCAGGGGUCCACAAUGUCUGGAUUCCUAUUCUGUUGGUUAUAA